AAUAAACCGUUAGACGGAAGUGAAACUCAGCUGCUCCAUUUUGUUCCGAGAGGAAAAUAAAAUAUUCCAGGAGUAAAAGCUAAAGCUCUGAUAUAUAAACGCUCUAAAUGAAGACGUUUAGAGUUAAUAUAAGGAGUUUUGUUGGUUUGUACUGAAGUUUUUAAUGUACACAGGUUGUUUUAUGACUUGAUAUCGUGUGUAUAGUGUUUGAUUUAACACACCGAUGUUGGAGUGAAGUAAACGUGUGUCCUGCUGUAAUCUGGAGAAGGAGACAUGACCUCCAACAUGAGUGUGUCUGGAAAACAGGACUUAAAGAAAGACGAGAGAAUGAUGGAGGGAAAGAGAUCAGACUCACCAGAACCCAGCUGUGUGUCCAUGAAGAGUGACUGGUCAAUGGAUCGUCCAAUUUUCUUCAGAGACAGAGACAGUUCUACUGAUGUGAGACCACAAAAGAAGAAAUCAAACAUCAGCAGAAAUCAGCUGGACUCCAUAUUCAAGGAGCUGGAACACAAAGUCAUCACUCUGAUAAAGAAUGAGCUGAAGAGGUUUAGGAAGCUCCUGAGUCCAGAUUACCCAGCAUGCACUGAGAGGGAGGUGGAGGAUGAGGAGGAUCUGCACAGUGUCAGAGAGGGAGCUCUGAAGAUCACACUGCACUUCCUGAAGAACAUGAAGCACACAGAUCUCGCUAACACACUGCAGAACAAACUCCCCUCUGUGUAUCAGACAAAGCUGAAAUCCAACCUGAGAGACAAGUUUAAAAGAAUUAAUGAAGGAAUCUCACAGCAUGGAAGAUCAGCACUUCUGAAUGAGAUCUACACAGAGCUCUACAUCACAGAGGGUUGGAGUGGAGACGUCAAUAAUGAACAUGAGGUGAGACAGAUUGAGACAGUGUCCAGGAGACCAGCAACACAGGAGACACCCAUCAACUGUAAUGACCUCUUUAAGGACAAGUCCAUCAGAACUGUGCUGACUAAAGGAGUUGCUGGAAUUGGAAAAACAGUCUCUGUGCAGAAUUUCAUUCUGGACUGGACUGAAGGAAAAUCAAAUCAGGACAUCACCUUCAUGUUUCCACUUCCCUUUAGAGAGCUGAAUCUGAUGAAGGAGAAAAAUCUCAGUCUGAUGAAUCUUCUUCAUGACUUUUUCCCAGAAAUAAGAGAACUAGAAUCAAUAGACUGUGACUCCUACAAAGUGGUGUUGAUCUUUGAUGGUCUGGAUGAGUGUCGACUUCCUCUAAAUUUCCAGAAUGAGAGAUUGUGUGAUGUGACACAGUCAGCCUCAGUGGAUGUUCUGCUGACGAACCUCAUCAAGAGGAAUCUGCUUCCCUCUGCUCUCCUCUGGAUAACCUCUCGACCAGGAGCAGCCAAUCAGAUCCCUCCUGAGUGUGUAGACCAGGUAACAGAGGUACGAGGGUUUAAUGAUCCUCAGAAAGAGGAGUACUUCAGGAAGAGGAUCAGUGAUCAGAGCCUGGCCAAUAAAAUCAUCAGACACAUGAAGUCUUCAAGAAGCCUCUACAUCAUGUGCCACAUCCCAGUCUUCUGCUGGAUCUCAGCCACUGUUCUAGAGAGAAUGUUGGGUGAAGCAGAGAGUGGAGAGAUCCCCAAGACUCUGACUCAAAUGUUCACACACUUCCUGAUCUUUCAGAUCAAACACAAGGAUGAAAAGUACCAUCAGAAACAUGACCCUGAUCCUCAGCAGACCAGAGAGAGUAUCCUGGCACUGGGAAAACUGGCUUUCCAGCAGCUGGAGAAAGGAAACCUGAUCUUCUAUGAGGAAGACCUGAGAGAGUGUGGCAUUGAUGUCAGAGAAGUGUCAGUGUACUCAGGAGUGUGUACCCAGAUCUUCAGAGAGGAGUUUGGGCUUCACCUGGGGAACGUGUUCAGCUUUGUACAUCUGAGUGUUCAGGAGUUUCUGGCUGCUUUAUACGUGUUUUUCUGCUUUAAAUUUAGAAAGACAAAUGUGCUUGUGGAGCAAAGCACUGGACUUUUUAAUUUCUUCAGAAAUCCAAACAUGUCUGAUCUCCUCAGGAGUGCAGUGGACAAGGCCUUACAGAGUGAGAAUGGACACCUGGACCUGUUCCUCCGCUUCCUUCUGGGUCUCUCACUGGAGUCCAAUCAGACUCUCUUACGAGAGUUAAUGCCACAGACAGGAAGUAGUUCUCACAGCAAACAGGAAACAGUGGAGUACAUCAAGGAGAAGAUCAGGGAGAAUCCAUCUCCAGAGAAAUCCAUCAAUCUGUUCCACUGUCUGAAUGAACUGAAUGAUCAUUCUCUAGUGCAGGAAGUACAGACUUACCUGAACAGAGGAGAUUACAGGUGUCUCAGUGGAUCCAGUCUCUCUCCUGCUCAGUGGUCAGCUCUGGUGUUUGUGUUACUGACCUCAGAACAGGAGCUGGAUGAGUUUAAUUUGAGGAAAUAUGAUCAAUCAGAGGAAUGUCUUCUGAGACUGCUGCCAGUGGUCAAAGCCUCCAGAAAAGCUGAUCUGUGGAGGUGUAAUCUGACAGAGGAAAGCUGUAGAGCUCUGUCCUCAGUUCUCAGCUCAAACUCCUCCAGUCUGAGAGAACUGGACCUGAGUGGAAAUAAACUGCAGGAUUCAGGAGUGAAGCUGCUCUCUGCUGGACUGAAGAAUCCACACUGUACACUGGAGAUACUGAGUCUGUGUGUGUGUAAUCUGACAGAGGAAAGCUGUAGAGCUCUGUCCUCAGUUCUCAGCUCAAACUCCUCCAGUCUGAGAGAACUGAACCUGAGUGACAAUAAACUGCAGGAUUCAGGAGUGAAGCUGCUCUCUGCUGGACUGAAGAAUCCACACUGUACACUGGAGAAACUGAGGAUGAGGAACUGCAGUAUUACAGAUGAAGGUUGUGCUGCUCUGGAUUCAGCUCUGAGGUCAAACUCCUCAUCACACCUGAGAGAACUGAAUCUGGACGGUAAUAAUCCAGGAGAAUCAGGAGUGAAGCUGCUCUCUGAUCUACUGAAGGAUCCACACUGUAAACUGGAGACACUACAUCUGUGUCGGUGUAAUCUGACAGAGGAAAGCUGUAGAGCUCUGUCCUCAGUUCUCAGCUCAAACUCCUCCAGUCUGAGAGAACUGAACCUGAGUAACAAUAAACUGCAGGAUUCAGGAGUGAAGCUGCUCUCUGCUGGACUGAAGAAUCCACACUGUACACUGGAGAUACUGAGGAUGUGGAACUGCAGUAUUACAGAUGAAGGUUGUGCUGCUCUGGAUUCAGCUCUGAGGUCAAACUCCUCAUCACACCUGAGAGAACUGGAUCUGGACGAUAAUAAUCCAGGAGAAUCAGGAGUGAAGCUGCUCUCUGAUCUACUGAAGGAUCCACACUGUAAACUGGAGACACUACAUCUGUGUGUGUGUAAUCUGACAGAGGAAAGCUGUAGAGCUCUGUCCUCAGUUCUCAGCUCAAACUCCUCCAGUCUGAGAGAACUGGACCUGAGUAACAAUAAACUGCAGGAUUCAGGAGUGAAGCUGCUCUCUGCUGGACUGAAGAAUCCACACUGUACACUGGAGAUACUGAGGAUGAGGUACUGCAGUAUUACAGAUGAAGGUUGUGCUGCUCUGGCUUCAGCUCUGAGGUCAAACUCCUCAUCACACCUGAGAGAACUGGAUCUGGACGAUAAUAAUCCAGGAGAAUCAGGAGUGAAGCUGCUCUCUGAUCUACUGAAGGAUCCACACUGUAAACUGGAGACACUACACAUUAAUUAUGAUAAACUCACCAGGUCUGGUGUAUGACCGGAGUCUGACCUCAAACCUCUUGUCCAGGAUAAAGCAGUAGUGGUGAAGCGUUAGAACCCGUCCCACAUUUCCAGCAGUUUGGGAGCUGAAUCAUUCAUAUUCAGAUGUAGAAGUUCCAGAACAAUAACCGUGACUGACCACAUCCUUUUAUCCACUCAGCUACAAGUUACUUCAGGCUUUAAUCACAUAUUUUACAAUCCAAAGUCCAAUCCUUCAGCAUCUACACACAACACAGAGAUAUCAUCACACCAUCACACUGAUUACACAAACACACAUCCAGCUGUUGGAGAUGUUUAUAGUCAGUUUUUAUCUCCUUAUUUUUAUCACAUUUGUUUCUCCACAGAUGAUUGAGUUACAGUUGUAAUAUUUAUCUUUAUUUUUCUUUAAAAAUUACUUAUUUUCAUAUCUCUGUUGUUUGUUUGCUAAUCUGUGUUUAACUGUAACCAUGGUAACAGGUCUGCUGAUUGAUUUGUUGUUGUAGUGACCCAGUUUUGUAUAUAUGUUGUAUACAUGUCAUUUCCACUGUGUGUAAUUACAGAAUAAACAGUGAGUGUGAGUGAAACACAACAAUU